AUGGACUACCACGAGAAUGCGAGACGUAUUAGAUCUCCCUUCGGCCCAGAGCUACAAUUUGUCUGCCUGCCUUUGGUUGCUCGACUCGGCGACGACCAAGUUCUCCACGAUACAGUUAUGUAUCUAUGUCAACAUAGAGAAAUUGGCGGAUGCGUGCUCAAUGCGGACGUCUUCAGACCAAUCAGUUUCCUCAUCCAGGCCUGCAACUACAGCUUCAGAGGCUGGAAGUCUCUGUUAUAUCAACAUUGGAGUCAUCCGUUUAUUUGUCGUCCGAAGGAUCGUCAUGAAAAUCAUGCCACCGCCAACAACGAUGGUGCAGAACCUGGUGCAGAACCUGGUACCGAGGCUGGUCUCGUAAAUCCCGGGCCUAGCAGACUUGAAAGUCUGAUCAACAGUGAUGUCUUGCGCCCUCUGUGUGAACCUAACAGUGCACUUGCGGAAAGAUGGCAAUCUUACAGCAUUACUGUGGCUACAUGGCUAUUCAAUAGUGUAUCGGAUGUUCUCUAUCUCAAGAUCACAGCUGCAAAGAGAAAGCAAGAUCUUAAAUUUGCGGAUGAUCUUGAGUGCAAGCUUGAGGGCUACAGUGCAUACGACGCCGCCAACAUCUUGACAUCGUUUGUGGAGAUCCGAGAAGCUGAUUAUGCCGACCCAGAGGCAUACAUAAAUGCCGAUUUGGCCGGAUAUGCCAUGGCCAAAGAGACCGGGAUCAAACAUGAUCCCUACGGCUUGUUAGUCCGCUUUCUGAAGGGAGUGGAGGCAUUCGAUUGGCCUGUUACAGACCGAGUCUUCCGGAAACUGAUCACCGAAGGCCGCGAGCCCGCUGAUUACACGGAAAGAUUGUUUUUCCGUGUCGUUAACGAGAUUCAAGUGGAGAUCAUGAGAUACAAAGCAUCAAAGUGUUCUGAAACUCCUGCCCGUGCUGCAGGUAUCGCCCAUGACGACUGA